UGUACGGAUAUUCAUCAAACAUCAUGGAAGAAUACCAACAACAACAACCACCGCAGCCCGCCGUCGGUUCAAACAGCGAAGGGCACAUCAAGCGACCCAUGAACGCCUUCAUGGUCUGGUCGAGGAUCCAACGCAAGAAGAUCGCCGUGGAAAACCCCAAAAUGCACAACUCAGAAAUAUCCAAGCGUCUCGGCUCCGAGUGGAAGCUGCUAACCGAAGCUGACAAGCGACCCUUCAUCGACGAGGCCAAACGUCUCCGCGCCCUGCACAUGAAGGAGCACCCCGACUACAAGUACAGACCGAGGAGGAAGCCCAAGGGACCGAUGCCCGGUUCGGCACUGAAGCCCCCAGCUGGUUUCCCAAGUCUGCAGCUUCCCUACUAUCCGCCCAUGGACCCGGUCAGUUCGCCGUACUCCCCGUACUACAACCCGGCCUACGACAUGUCGCGGAUGAACGUGCCGCAGCCGGACAAACCGACGGCGGCGAUGCAUCAACCGCCGGUCGUCACUUCUCUGCACUCCUCGUUGUACCCGUCGCUGUACCCGUCGUCGCCGAACACUUUUCCCCCUUCGACGCUGAGUAUGUUCCCCACGAUGCCGUCGCCCAUGAUGUACUCGUCCACGGCCACCACUCCCACGUCGAGUCCGGGGAGUUCGGAUCUGGAGAUCAGGAGGCCCGUUCCGGUUAUGUAUUAGUGGAGCAGUGAAUGUGAUUCGUGGAUGAUAAAACAAUUUUGUACAUAGGGACCCAAAAAUGUUGCUGUUUUGAUUUCUGUGAUUGUAUUUUAAUUGAAUUUUUCUUCAGCUGUUAUUUAUUAUAAUUGUACAUCGUGUAUAUAUGUUAAAAUAGCUAAAUUAUAAUAAAAAUUAUUAAAU